AUGGCUUCACCUCCUAAAAAAUUAAAGAUUGAGGCAAACGGAUCUCGUUUAAGUAAACUCUUAAUAAAUAAAGGAACACAAGCUUUGAAAACAACAUUGCAGUUUAUUAUAAAUUUUCGCUCGUCAAACCUAAUCGAUGAACUUAAUAAACCCUCAAAUAAAAGUACAUUGGAAUCAUUAAGAAAAAGAAGCGUCAUUAACAAAGAGCAAUGGGACCUUCUUUACCCAUCAACUGGUUUGCCAAACCUUGAAAACUUUGAUAUUUCAUUAUUGACUGUCUUAUUGCGUAACAUAUGUGGUCUAACAGCGCCACAUGGUGGAUGGGAUAAUCUUCCUUCCUCUUCAGAUACUUCAAUCUCAGCAAAUAUUGCAAGAAUAAAGUUUUAUCGAAACAAAGUGUAUGGCCACAUAAGUACAACUAGCAUAGAUGACAGUACGUAUGAGUACUUGUGGGAUGAAAUUUCAAAAGCAUUGGUUGGUUUGGGAAUUCAACAAACUGAAAUAGAUGAUUUAAAGAAAGCACCACUGAGUCCUGAUGAAGUAAAAUAUAUUGAUAUGUUAAAAAACUUUACGAAUAUAAAUGAGGAUGUCGAAAAGCUUGGAAAGUGUAAUUUCAACGAAGAGUUUCACCGACUGCCUAAAUGGAUUAAAAUCUUCAUCACCAGUCGUCCAGAACUUCCUGUUCAAAAGGAGUUGAAAAGCAUGAAUCCUGUGGAAAUUACAACUCAUCCUUGUGAUGUAAACAACAAAAAAGAUCUGCACAAGUAUUUGAUACAUCAGUUGAGUGAUCGUGUGCAGAGAAAUCCCUUCGUUCUAUUUCCAUUAGUUGAAAAAUGUGAGGGAUCAUUUCUUUAUGCGUAUUACGCACAACUGAGCUUGAAAGAAGAAAAUAUUGAGCUUACUUACGAAACCAUUCGACAAUUGGUCCCUAGUGGGCUAAGCGGUGUUUACACAAAGCAAUUCAAAAGAGUAAAAGAAUUAUUAACGAAGGAAAGUCCCAGAAAUUCUGCUGUCUCAGAAACUACUUUUAUGCAAUUUCUUGAAUUGUUGGCUGCCUGUCGGGAGUUUUUACCAUUAACUUUACUGCUUAGCUAUUUAGGUUUUUCUGGUGACAUCAAGUUUGAAGUCCGCAGUAAGAUCAUUGAACUGUUAUCUCAAAUUUUGCCAGUUUACGAUGAUUGUUUAACCGUGUAUCACAAAUCUCUAAUUGAUUGGUUGAAAUCAGAUGGUUACGAACAGCAUGAGUUUACAGUUAAUCCAAAAAAUGGUCAUAAGUUCUUAUGGCAUGCUUGUGAGAAAGUGUUUAAACACAUCAAGUCAAUGAACAUUUUUAAAAAUCAGAUGAACACCGCUAUGAUCAAAUAUGCUUUGAAGAAUGGAAUUUAUCAUAUGUCAAAAUGUGGCGAAAAUGUUGACUUUAGCUGGGCAGUAGAUGUCAAAGUGGUUUGUGCGAGGUUAAUGAGUGUGGAAGACAUUGAAACUUAUACCAGUAGGUCUGAAUUGUCUGAAAUCAUUAAGAAACUACAAACUUUCUUGAUAAAAGAUGUACUUGAGGAACAACUCUUUCAAAUGACUUUUUUGUUUAAGGCAAUGAGAUCUGAGUUGACAACAUAUACAAUUGACGAAAGCUUCUUUUAUUUACAAUUUAAUGCAAACAGAAUUGAUGGCAAUAACGAAAGAAGAUUAUUGGCAAGGGAUUUAUUGAAACAAGGAAAGUUUGUUUGGUUUGAGGAUUUAGACUCAACAUAUUUAACAAACCAUCAUCAUUUGACUGUCCCCUUGCUUGCUAACGUUACAUCUCUUUGUGUGUCGUCCAAUGAAGAACUUCUUGCUGUAGGAUAUGAAAACGGUCAAAUAUCUAUAUUUGAGCUUCCUGAAUUCGAACAACGAUGCACUCUAGGCAUUGCACUGGAUGAUUCAAGGUUAGGUAACUUGAAUGUAAACAGAAUUGUGUCUCGGUAUGACAUCUAUGACUCUCCAUCAUCAAAGGAAUUUGUACGUGGAAACAUAUGUUGUUGCUCCUUUUCACCUACCGGAAAUAGACUGGUAACUAGUGAUAGAUCUACUGAAGUAAAGUUGUGGGACGUUAACAAUGGACGUUUGUUAUUAUGUUUACAGUCAGAUGAUGUCGUUAAUCGUUGCUCUUUCUUAGAUUCUGAUCCUGUAUCGAUUAUAACUAUGCAUUACAACACAGGAACUUUAGCUUUAGUAACAAAUGGUGGAUGCGGAAUUAAAUUUUUAAAACUCAAUGUACCUGAAUGAAUCCACUAAUUCAACCUUUGUAGUUAUAUUAACCUAUUGUAUUUACUAACAUUACAUAUCACUUAAAACGAACAUAAAAAGUUCUUUAUAUCACAAAA